CGUCGUUGCGAGCCCGUUAAAGAAAAGAUCUGUUUGUAGUACUCUUAGUCCUGAUGUCACAGGCACAGCAAGGACAUCAGAAGGAGGAGUCAGAUUACAGUAAGAAUGGGCAGUGCAGCAUGCAGCCGGAGUAAACGCUAAAUCAGACAGGAAUUGUAUCGGGGAUAAGACUGCCUGCAAAGCGCUCAUCCUGAGGAGGCACACUGCUCACUCACGCUUCUUGUGCUGGGAAAUUUCCACAUAAUGUAGAAUGAAAGAGCUCUGUUUUACAUGUCAGCCCUGUGCGGGAGCUAAUGCUGAAUACACAGCGGUGGGAUCCUGGCUGCAUGAUUAAUGAGAAACAUAAUGUAUUUUGGUGGUACAUGCCAGAGCCCUGCUCUUCCAGCGCUAGUGCGUCCUCCUGCUCCACCUUUGCAGCCGUCGCUGGAUAUUAAACCAUUUCUUCCGUUUCCUCUGGACACUGCCGCAGCAGUCAAUCUCUUCCCCAACUUCAAUGCAAUGGACCCAAUUCAAAAAGCAGUAAUAAAUCAUACAUUUGGGGUUCCUCUUCCUCAUCGAAGAAAGCAAAUCAUAUCUUGCAACAUUUGCCAGCUGAGAUUUAAUUCUGAUAGCCAGGCUGCGGCCCACUACAAAGGCACUAAACAUGCCAAGAAGCUCAAAGCACUGGAAGCCAUGAAAAAUAAGCAGAAAUCUGUUACUACCAAGGACAGCGCAAAGACUACCUUCACUUCCAUCACUACCAAUACCAUCAAUACCAGCUCUGACAAAACAGACGUUACCACAGGGACACCAGCAAUAUCUACGAUGACAACCGUGGAAAUCCGGAAGAGCAGUGUUAUGACAACUGAGAUCACCUCUAAAGUGGAGAAAAUCCCCACGACAGCCACUAGCAGCACCACAUGCCCUUCCGUUGAGACUGAGGAAGAAAAAGCAAAAAGACUGCUGUACUGUUCACUAUGCAAAGUUGCUGUCAACUCUGCCUCGCAGCUGGAGGCGCACAACAGUGGGACUAAGCACAAAACUAUGCUGGAAGCUCGGAAUGGAAGUGGAACCAUAAAAGCCUUUCCCCGGGCAGGCGUAAAAGGCAAAGGACCUGUGAAUAAAGGAAACACAGGCCUUCAGAACAAAACAUUUCACUGUGAAAUAUGUGAUGUGCACGUAAACUCUGAGACACAACUGAAACAGCACAUAAGCAGUAGAAGGCACAAAGACAGAGCUGCUGGGAAGCCGCCUAAACCUAAAUACAGCCCAUACAACAAACUCCAAAAAGGAACACAUCCUCUAGGGGUAAAAUUAGUAUUUUCAAAGGAACCUUCAAAGCCGAUGGCUCCACGAAUCUUACCAAAUCCGCUAGCAGCUGCAGCAGCAGCUGCUGCUGUGGCUGUGAAUUCCCCCUUCAGUCUUCGCACAGCCCCAGCAGCCACCCUUUUCCAGACUUCAGCACUUCCUCCAGCACUCCUACGACCAGCUCCAGGGCCUAUACGGACCACCCAUACUCCCGUGCUGUUUGCUCCUUACUGAACUCCAAACAGGAAUUAAUUGUACUGCAAUAAUUUUUCAAAUCAAAUCAAAACAAAAAAAAAAAGAAAAUCAAGAACAUUGAACUAUGCAGUGUUUAUUUAUAGUUUAAAGUAUAUAUGAAGAGCCAGGACUUUUGAUAGAGAACUGAACAAAUUCUAAAAGGGGGAAUGGGCAGUAUUUUCUCCAGAUGAGAACAUUCCUCUUGAGUAUUGAUCGUUUUAGAACUGAUCUCCAGCAUUGACUUGUAGUGACAUAUAAAACUUAUGAAGCCUUUUGACUGUGCUUUUUGGCACAUAUUUCCCUGCAAUGUCUUUCCUGCUUUAUGAAACAACUUACAAAUUUGUCUAAAGGGCAUUAACUGGUUCCAAUGUACAUAAAAUACUUUAUUCUGUAGAUUAAAGAAGAAGGAAAAAAAAGAAACACUGUGAAUAGUAGUACCCUUACCAAUCCUCCUGCCAAAUCAGCAGUUACUGGGUAUUUAUCUGAGCAAAAGUAGAUACAAUAGAUGUCUUGUAAAACAGUAGUAUUGUGUCUCUAUCUAUGCCACUAGGUUUCUAACUGAGUUGCAAAAGAUAAAAUGAACAAAUUAUGUCACUUUGGUAAGUAGUUGAAAAUGAUGACAAUAAUGCGGAGCUGUUCCUGGUGAGCAAAAAUUGUUUUCCUCACCUGUAGAAGAAUGGGCAUGAAGAUAAUCUAUGGUUAGGGCAAAGUAAAUGAUGCAGAAGAUUGUAGCGGGGACAAAAAAUCCAGAUGCUGUACACAGAAUAGGUCAAACUUUUAUUUAACUGAGAACGUAUGUGUACAGUGUGUGUAUAUUCAAAAGGUGUAAUACAUACAGGAUAGAUCAAUGUCUAAGGCGUGCCAGUGGACAGCAAAAAAUACACUCUUGUCAUGAAAAAAGCCUGACACUUUAGUGUUGAGCAGAAGGAAGACACAAAAGAGUUACGCAUAGUCAUAAGUAGCAAAUGAAAAGCAGGAAAGAAAUCCUGGCCUCAUUUAAGUCAGUAUAAACUUCCUCCUGACUGCAAUGUAGCUAGAAUUUCAUCCCAAGAAUGGCACAUAUUCUUUUUAUAUCACACCAGUGGGAGUGUCUAUAGAUACAGGUAACAUUUUUUGCAGUAGGCUUAGUCUUAGAAACAGAUUUAUUCUCUUGUUUUAUUUCCUACUGAUGUGAUAUAAAAUGUCUUAAUAUACCUAUAAAAUGUAAACAGCAACAUAUGAGAUACAUAUUACGAGAUAACUGCACAUCGUGGGUUUGGAACAAAUACAACCUUUAGGAUCUGAAGGGACCCUUGAAUUCUGUAGCUGACCUUUCUGUAUGGACAGCUUAAAGCCUUAUGUAUUUACUGUGAGGCUUAAAGGGGUUGACUGUGUCCCUUUAAAGUAAGAUUUAUCAGGGGUAUAUAUAGAUAUAUUGUAUAUAUGUUAGAGUAAGAAAAUAACUUAUAAACAGAAAAUCUACUAUAUAAAAUAAUUAUAUAACCAUUGAGUUUCACAUGUGGGUCAUUAAGUGGUAAGUAACAAACAGCAGAGUAAAAAAAAUAGACUUCUUGAAUCUGAUUCUUGCUGCCUGCUUUUCCCCAUAGGGAGCUGAAAAGUAUCUAUUAAUAUUAUGGAGUGCGCUGCUGAGUCACAUGCGACCACUCUGAUGUGUAGCUAAGUGAAAUGCCUACCAUACAUUUAGGAGGAAUAAAAUUUAAAAACAUAAUUUGAGAUGGAGAAAUGAUUUGAAAGAUUUUAUUAAAAGGUAGUAACGCAAAAUAUUGACCAUGUGGUUGCUAUAUAAUACUGCCUGUGGUUAAUAUGGACAGUUGGGAGAUAUAGAGGAUGGGAAUAUACAGCACUUUUGACUUGCAGUUCAUCAGUGAGCCUUCCAUAUACAUUGGUAUUUGCCAUUUUUUAAACCUCUCUGCAUUUAGAUUUUAUAAAAAAAAUAUAUAAAAAGAGAGAAAGAAGAGGUUCCAUGGAUGUCUGUGUCCAAAGAAUUCCAAAGAGAUGCAUUUAUUUAUCUAGAAGUAUUGAAAUAAGUUCUAUAUUACGUAUUUGUAUUUCAUCCAGUUUAUUUGCAAACGUUUGUGCCUUGAAAUGAAAUGGGCUUUUGUUUAUAUUUAAUUCACUCCUAUGUAGCCAUGAAAAAGAUACAAUGGUGAUUUCAGGGCUGUUACUAGCUGGAUUGCUUUGGCCCAAUUUCCAAACAAGAGUAUGAGUAAGUUCCUGAAGCCAAGUUUAGGCACCUAAAUAACUAGGGGCUGACAUUUAAAAGGGCUCCCUACUCUACAGCUCCCAGUAAAGAGGCAGUAAACAGGCCAGCCUUCAAAACCUGCACCUAAUACUCAAUUUAGAAAAUGUUUCCUUUUAUUUGGGCACAUAAAUAUAGUGUAGUAAGGUUCAACUCCUCCUUGCAAAAUCUUGGCCUUGGUCUUUUAAGCCUGCUUUCAACCUUCCAUCUUUUUGCAGAAGUUGUAGUGCCAUUGCCAACUGUGUUCAGCUUCCUCCUUGAAAGGGGCACCACUUUUCAAGCUGUGCUCCAUGAACCACCAUUUAUCUCCAGAGCCUUUUGUAACAGCCUGUGUAAGUAAGAGCUGGCUAAAAGAGCAGAGGAGGGCUGGCGUUUUUGGAAGGGAGAAGGUCUGGGCAGGUGAUCUUUUCCCCAUGAAAAAACAUGCAGAUGGGAAAAGGGGAGACCCACAAAUAUCUUGUAGGCUCUUAUGCAUGGCCUUCUGGUGCAUGGACACCUGCUAUAUAUCCUGCCAUGUUGUUGUGAUGCCAUCAAAAUCAACAGGCUGAUACUUGCCAAAAUGUGGCCUGUGGCAUGUAUGGAGGCACAGUACUAAGGGCAGAGUUAAUACACGUUUUGCUAGAAAUAAAGAGAGUGUCAUUCCAACUAUUUACAUCAGCUAAUUUGCAAUGACACCUUCAGUUUUCUUGGACCUCUUUUGUCACAGUGCUCUAUGGAACAAGUUUUUGUUCACACAAGUCUCUUUUAAAUUUCAGCUGUAAACAACAAACUCAAUUCUUUUUAUGUCUCUUACUCACUACCUAAUAAAGGAUAAAGCCUAAAUGUUA